UCUAAGCUUAGUCUUGUUUAGUAGAUUAUAUAGAUAUUCUCACAGCAUAUCUCUGAGUUUAUGCAUUUGCCCUUUUUAUCAAACAAUUUAGCGUUGAAUUUUUUCAAGUUAAUUAUUUUUAUACCUGUCUCUUCAAAAUCCCGAUAUGACCCAAUUUCCGGUCAAUAGUGUUUGUUGAUUACGGAAAAUUCCCCCUUAAAGCAUGACACAAGAAACGUAGCAACUGAACUAUAGUUUAUGAAGCUGGAAGUAUAUGCGAAAUAAAACCUCCACACUAAGAAGAGAAAUAGCUGUUGCCACAUGCGUACAUCAUAAUAAUCAAAAUGGCAGCCAAUUCUUUCACUAGAGCGAGAAAACGCUCCAACACCGACAGUGCACAGGAGGAUGUCCGAAUCAUUCAACGAAUUCAUGCAAAUCACAAACUGUCCAAUGGGAGGCAACAGGGUGGACUGACUAACCAAUCACGCGCCAACAGUGACACAAACAUUAACGUAAUUCAGGAUUACUCUCGGUUGGAAGUAAAUCGGAGGGAGUACACGUUGGGUUUAGGGGAGCUGCUCACAGUCAGGUGGCACAUUACUGAGGAGACUGAUGCCGAGGAUUGGAUAGGGCUGUACUCUGUGGACACAGAAGAUCCCCAGGCAUUCUAUGACUACAGGAAGAGAGGGGUCGGCGGGAGCAGUAACGGAGAAAUCUACUGGUCCAUUGAUGAGCAAGAGAGUGAGUUCACUCAGUUGGAGACCAAGGUAUGUCUGAAGUAUUACCAUGGUCCUAGCUGUACACUGAGAGCUGCCACGCCCACCAUUACAGUCCACAACCCUGCUGCUGCAGCACAGGGGGCAUGCCAGUCCCAGGGGACAGAUACCCAAGAAGAGCCCAACCCACAAGACCUUGUAAGAUUUACCAUAUCAGAUUUACAAGCCAAGUACCUGAAGAAGGGAAUGUUCUUCAACCCUGAUCCCUAUGUGAAGGUCACCCUGGCGCCAGGAGGUCACUUCAACUGCCGCCAUCUUAUCCACCAUGGUCAACACAGCCGAACCACCAUCAUUCCUAAUACUACUAACCCAGUGUGGAGGGACCAGAACUUUGCAUUUGAUGCACUGCCGAGUGAUGUGUUGGAGUUCAAGGUCAAGGACAAGUUUGCCAAGAGUCGCCCCACUCUGAGUCGCUUCCUGGGCAAGUUGACGGUGCCAGUCCAACGGCUGGUUGACAGGGCAGAGCAAGGUCCUGCGACCUUGACAUUGAACUUGAUGAGUAGGACGCCCUCUGACAGUGUUAGUGGUCUUCUGGAGUUCACAGUAACUGUAUCAUCCGAACCAGGCACAUACAGGCGCAGGAAGCAUGGUGCCCACCAGCUCAACUGUUGCAGUUCUGUCAACAGCGGUGCCAGUGAGCGACCUCGUGUGCUUUCACAGGAGAGUAUAGAAAGUAACAGCAGUGAUCAGAGUAGUGCAGCAGCUGGGAUAUCCUUAAGCGCGCUGUCACGUGGACGUAUCCCAGACUCCUUUGAAAUUCCACAAACCACCAGUCUUCACACAGUUCCAAAUAUCGAGUGUGCGUCCAGUCACAGUUCCUCAACAGAGGGCAGUCCUGCUGCCACAAGACAAGCCACUGGGGCUCCAAUGUCCACAAAAAGACUUGUGCAUUUAGAGGCAGCAGCCGUUGACAGAGUGCGCUGUGAGAACGAAUACACUGUGGUGCCAGGAGUCAGUGAUAAUACCAUUGAGACCCCGGCCACAGGGAACAAUACAGCAUUAACUGGAACUGCCAGUAACAAUACAACUGAGCUCAGAACCUCUAGCACCGGUGGUGAUUCAGCAGUGUGUGAGACCAGUGGUGCAACCGGUGAUGGGGCAACAGCUCUGCCCCCUGGUGGUGAUGGUGACAUUGCAGAUGGAUCAUUACGAGAUCCUGAAGCUUCCAGCAGUCCAGUGAUGUUUAACUUGGAAGGAAACCCUCCCAAGCAUCGUGGCGUUCGUGUGAGCAGUACCAGUAGUGUUGGAGAGGAGGGAGGGGGCGAGCAGGUCCCCGAUUUAUACGAGAUACGCUUUAGACAGCAGCUACAGUCGGUAGAUGCCACGCCAGAGAGUGACGAUGAUGACAUCAUGGUUGAAGAAGCACAACAUGAGGGGCUAGGGUCGAUUAAUGAGCAAAAUGAGCUUGAGGAGUCUGAGGACACUCUUGCCACUGAUCAAGAUGACCAGUUAGGCCAGGAUGAGGGUAGCCAUCAGAGGGACAGAAAUCCUAGACAGAGCAGCAGUAGCAGUUUGUCCAGUUCCAGCAGUUACAGCAGCAGUAACAGUGAUACAUCAGUCAGCAGGGUGGCACCUGCUGCAACUGUAACCGUGGACAACAGCAACUCAACUCCAGGUGUCAGCACCUUAUCAGCUCAGCUAGCCAGGAUACCCUCAAUUCAAUCUCAGGCUUUUCCAGCAGAUGGCACUAUCACUGUGUCCAAUCUUAAAACUAGACAAAGGCAAGUGGCCUCUGAAAGAAAUGAAUUAAGUAACUCAGCUGUAGAUGGCAGCAGUAGUAGUAGCAGUUCCCAGCAAAAUGUGACUGGUGCGAGUGGAAGUCAAAGUCCCUCAGGGUCUGAAAUAAGUUCAAGGUCAAACAAAGCAAGGGCAAGGUCAGCAUCUGACAAUUCACCCAGUACAGUUAAGCCAAGGACACGGAAGACAGCAUCAGUUACAUCACCGAGGUCUUUGUCUGAGAGAGAUUCUGCUGAGGGGGAGGACACUCCUGAUGGCCGCAGUGGGAGAUAUAACCUGGUGGCGGCUCAGGAGAGGGAGAGGAAUCGUAUGCACAUCCAGCAACAGCUCAGAAACUGGCAGCAAACUAUACAAGAGGGUGAGGCCGCCAGCAACUCUACACCUUCUAGGCUGGGAGGCUCGCGUAGACAGUCAUGGCAGAAUAUUCUACAUCGAUCACAACACACGCACAACCACGUGGCAACGCCCCUCUCCCGCCGCAGCCACCAAUGUACCACCUCCUGUUCAGAGACUGAACUCCAUUAGUGAUGAGCAGAGAGAGCAGCUGGAUAGAAGGUACCAGAGCGUACGUCGUACCAUGUCCCAGGUAGACAAUGACGAGGCCAUGGCUGCCUCAGCCUCUCCUACAGUUGUACCAGUAUCGGGAAUUACAAGAACAGUUCCACCAGCAACAUCAACGACUCCUACAGUAGGAGUGGCAACAACCUCAACGACAACAGCAGGAUCAACAGCCUCCAGUAGUACAGCCUCCUUGCAGUCCAACCAGACUGGGCAACAGCAGCCUGUGCGACCACAUGUUCGCACAUUGGGACGCGCGCUGAUGUACAUGCCAGCUGUGAAGUUCUUAACAAGAACAGAUUUCUUUACAAUCCUCCAAGCUAAUGAGGCAGCUAUAGCAGAAUACAAUAGGAACGGUACACUGAAACAUAUGGUCACCAGGAUUAGGAGAGAUCCACAUAACUUUGAGAAGUAUCAACACAACAGGGAUUUAGUGGCAAUGCUGAAUAUGUUUGCUUGUCCUAGUCUAGAGCUGCCAAGGGGAUGGGAGCAGAAGUUUGAUAAGACAGGAAAGGCAUUCUUCAUCGAUCACACAUCCAAGACAACGACAUUCAUCGACCCGAGGCUCCCCCUGGAGGCAGAUUUGAUGCCCGCAGAUCAUCUGAGAGGAGCACUUGGGAGGAAUAGGGAGGUCACCAGUGCUCCACCUGUCCCCCCAAGGCCAGCCAGUACUGAGUCUCCCAAUCCAAGAACCCAAGAAGUUCCCACAGCUUACAAUGAGAAGGUGGUGGCUUUCCUCAGGCAGCAGAACAUCAGUGAGAUCCUACAGGAGAGAUACUCCAGUUUUGACCAGAACACGCGGCUCAAGAACAAGGUGGCCCAGAUCCGAGCAGACGGCAUUGAGACUCUGGAUAGACUGUCCAAUGACAUGGAACUCAUUCUGCUACUCAGCCUGUUUGAGCAGGAGAUAGAGUCAUUUGUCCCACCCAGUGUUGCCUUCACGUCGUCCGCGGGACGAUCACCUCGGGGCUCCCCAGGGGGCUCUCCACAAGCCUCACCAGCUGCACAAAGGUCCAAUGUUAGGGUUCCAGCACCAUACAAAAGAGAUUUUCAUGCAAAACUGAGGGCAUUCUAUCGCAAAUUGGAGUCCAAAGGAGUAGGCAUGGGACCGGGCAAGAUUAAGAUGACAGUACGCCGAGACCAUGUGCUGGAGGACUCCUUUAAUAAGAUCAUGUCCAUCCCUAAGAAAGAUUUAAGGACUAACAAGCUGUAUAUAGCAUUCCAUGGGGAAGAAGGGCUGGACUAUGGAGGACCUUCUAGAGAGUUUUUCUUCCUUCUGUCCAGAGAGUUGUUUAACCCAUACUACGGACUGUUUGAAUACUCUGCCAAUGAUACCUAUACAGUGCAAGUGAGCCCCAUGUCAACAUUUGUAGAGAACUAUAAGAACUGGUUCAGAUUUGCUGGUCGCUGCCUAGCUCUGGCUGUGGUCCACCAGUACCUGAUGGAUGCUUUCUUCACACGGCCAUUUUACAAGGCAUUGUUAAAACUUCCGCCAUCCCUGAGUGACCUGGAGACAUUGGAUCCAGAGUUUCACCAAAGUCUGCUGUGGACCAAAGAUAACGACAUCACAGACCUCGGCCUUGACCUGACCUUCUCUGUAGACGAGGAGAUGUUUGGACAG